AAGUACUCAGGUUAUUCAACCUUGACUAUUACAUUUUACAAGACUUCCGCUGUCUUACUAGUCUACCAUUCCAGCUAAGAUCCUGGACCAACACUUGAGGAUUUGCCAAGUGUUCGUGUUUGCAGUUUUAUACUUAGUCUUCUACAGCAUCAGACGAUUUAUUUCAUGGUAUGAGAGCUAUCUGGAAUUAAGACUACCGUCAACUAUGACUGGUUCAUCACCAGCACCAUCUGCUGGAUCAGUUACUGGGACUACUGGAGCACAUGCCUCCACUACCGCCGCUGGUCUCUCAGCCUCUGGGCACUUUCCACCAGCCUACGCUAAUAUCGGUAUGCAACAGCAGAAUCCGCCUUCUGUAAAUACUCCAGGUGCUCCAUUGACUGCACCUGCAGCACAACAACAACAAUCACAGACAACAGCUCAUCAACAAGCGUCAGUACAGCCACCAGUUUCAACGCAAUCGAUUUCAUCUGCGUUCAGUGGAAUGAGCCUUGACGGCUCAAGUUACAUGCGUGGAGCUACAGCUCCAAGUACUGGUUCGUUCUCUUUCUCACCUUUGGUACAGCAGCCGCAGUCGCAGCAGUUUCAGCAUCCUUUCUAUAUCGUCGGUCGUUCCCCUGCUCAGCAACAACAACAGCAGUAUCAACAACCACAGCCAGUACAGCAACAGCAACAGCAACAACAGCAGCAACAACAGCAACAGCAACAGCAACAACAGCAACAGCCAAGCAUUGUUUUUCAGCCUCCAAAUUUACUUAAUAAUACUCAGAUCAAGACAACCGUACCUUUCAAUGGUGUUGACUUCUACUCCUGGAGCUUUGAGUUUGAACUUCUGGCGCAGUCCGCUGGGCUAUGGCCGUUCUUCACUGGCGAAUUUACAUAUCCUGUCGUGGGAACACAACUGGAGCAGCAGAGUUUCUUACACGCCUCUCUCGGGGCGUAUACAGUUCUUGUACGGAACUUGUCGCCGAAGGAGCAGCUCAGCGUCCGAUCAUUUCAUUCAAGCUUCACACCAGCUGAAACUGCAUGGAACCACCUGAAAGGGGUAUACAUGGCAAAGGAUACGAUAACAGUGAGUAAAAUACUUCUGCAGUUAACAAGUGUGCGGAUAAUGACAAGUGAGAACGUAAUGGAUUACGUCAACCACGUCCGUACACUACGCGAUCAAUUGGAGAAAAGUGGGGGAUACUUCCCUCGUGAGAUGUAUCUCACGGUACUUCUGGUUGGUCUUGGACCCGAAUGGCGACAGACGCACGCCUUCCUGCGCAUGAAUCCUAAUCUCUCCGAAGCUUAAAAUUCUUCUUAUCUUCAAGCAGAGCAGCAAGAUCUUGACCUGCAAUCACAACGAAAUCAGAGAAAGGGGCUUCACUUAAGUUUUUACUCCAAUCCAAAACAACAGCAUCGACAUCCACCAAAGUAUCCAUUCUGCCACUUCUGUCCGAAUACCUGGUAUCUCGACAGUUGCUGCGGUUGGCACAUGUGCUCAGCAGAAACAAGCUCCAUUACCAAUCAGCGUCCACUUCGUCGCCCGAUCCCUGUAACAGUCGCAAACGGGCAAACCAUUAUGGCACGAGCAGUUGGAAGCGUCAUGCUCGAAUCU